AUGCCAUUGCGUCCUCAAUUCAGACUUUUUAUACCACAGCAUCGAUGCCACUCACAUUGGAAGCAACGCUUUGUCCCUGUCAAAGUCCUGGACAACAUUACACCCAAGAUUGAUCUCGCUGAACCAGCCAUCCUUCCAGGCCGCUUCCGCUCCAUACCCGCUAUUUCGAAAUGGUUUACACCAUACCCUUCCAAGAAAGGAGAUUCAGGCUUCCAUGAACUCAACGUAUCCUAUUUGACACAACAUGGCGAUACUAUUGUACCGCUUGAGCUGACACAGGUUAGUUCUAGCCCAUCGAACGACCUGCAGAUAUCAUCAUUUGAGCGUUUCGAGGCACCACUCUCUUUAUUACUCUCCUAUAUCAAAUCCACUCAAGAUUCGUCUACGAACCUCUACCUCGCCCAAUGCUCUCUUGACAACUUGCCGGUAGAUCUCCAAGCUGACCUGCCAACACCCUCCCUCAUUUCCGUCAUGGGUCGAGGCGACAUUUACGGUUCAAGUCUCUGGCUUGGUCAGCCUCCAACCCGGACACCACUUCACCGCGAUCCCAACCCCAAUGUCUUUGUACAACUAGCCGGCAAGAAAGUCAUUAGAUUGAUGAAGCCGGACGCAGGGAACUGGCUUUAUGAGCGCUUGAGGGUUGGAGAUGGACACGCAAACAUGAGAGGGGACGAAAUGAUGGUUGGGACUGAGAUGGAGAGACUGGAGGCCGCGGUAUGGAGGGAUGAAGGGGUGGUCGACAAAUAUGUGAAGGGGUGGGAGGCGGAAUUGGGAAGCGGAGAUCUACUCUAUAUUCCCUUGGGAUGGUGGCACGCCGUUAGAGGUAUUGGAAAGGGUAUCAAUGGAUCGGCAAAUUGGUGGUUCAGAUGA